CUCUUUCGCUCUCUCCAUAAACGAGCAAGCUGACCUCCUAAAGCGGUGGUGUCACUGGUGCUCCUCGUUGCCUGCGGCUCCCCAGUCCCAACUGGUGUGAUAUUGAGUAUCGAUUAUCUGCUUUUCUUUUUCGGAAUUCAUUCAGGAACAAUGAAGCGUAGUGAUUCCCAUAAUGAAAAUGUAUGUCAGAGAAAUAUGUUCGAUCGGAAAUCUUUUAGAAGUCUCAGUCUGGAUAGAAGGGACUACAAUGGGAUGAAUGGAAAUGGACCGAGACAAGGAGGUGGGUCGUGCGGUCAGAUAAGUGGUAUUGGUUCUUUGCAGAGAAGGCACUCCCUCAGUCUUUCACGUGGGUUUGUACAAGUAUCUGAUGACCUUGAAAGCGAAACCAUGUCACAGGCUGGAGAUAUUGGGGACCGAGCACUUCACAGCAAUAGAUAUAGUGAGAAUAGUAGCUUCCGGUUCUCAUUGGAUGAUAAUUCAUUACGUCUGGAGAAUGGAGUUGGAUCAAUUCCUGAAGAUGAUGUUAUGUUACAGUCUUAUGGCUUUUGCGUUCGUGAUGGUAUUUCGCCAGAUGCCAAAUCCCCUGUUUCUCCACUUCCAUCUGAGAUUAUAUCUCCCCUCUCAACAGAUGCAAUUAUCCACUCUGGAGACAAAAAUCAAAGUCAGGCAUCGGGCUACAAGAAUGACCAGAAACAGCUGCCCCUGUUAUUGGAGUAUAUUUCAUGCCUUGCUCAUUUAGCCUUCUUCGGAAUACUUGGGGUGCUGACAAGGUAUUUACUGCAAAAGCUCUUUGGUCCCAGUGUUGCAGGUGUCACAAGUGAUCAAAGUUUUAUCUACCUUGAUCUUCCUUCUAAUAUGGUAGGUUCUUUCUUGAUGGGAUGGUUAGGUGUGGUUUUCAAAGGAGACAUAUGCAAUGUAUCCGAUCUUUUGGCAAUUGGAUUGACAACAGGAUACUUGGGAAGCCUCACAACUUUCAGUGGCUGGAACCAGAAAAUGCUUGAUCUUAGUGUUAAAGGUCAUUGGGUGUUCUGUGUUGUUGGCUUUCUACUAGGCAUGCUUCUUGCUGCUCAAUCUAUCAUUCUAGGGGUUGAUACUGCCAGAGAUUUCAGGAAGCUACUCAAGAAACUCAGAAGAGGAUCUUCAAGUGACAUCACUAACUCAGAAAAAACCUGGAGGGUGGACAGCUGCAAACGGCAUUUGGCAGUUCUUAUGGUGUUGGUACUGAUGGUUGGCUUGUUGUGGGGUGUUAGUGGAGCAUUGGUGAGAAAAAGGUUUGAUGAUGAUAACAAGGGUGCUGAGCUGUGGUUAGCUUGCUUGGUUGCACCUCCUGGUGUGUGGGCCAGAUGGUUCUUAGCCCGUCUUAAUGGAAGAGGGUUAGGAAAGAAGGGUUUAUUGAAGUGGGUCCCUUUUGGAACUCUAAUUGCAAAUGUUUCUGCAGCUUUUAUUAUGGCAGCACUUGCAACAGUGAAGAAAGCGGUUGAUAGCAAGACUUGUGAAACAGUUGCAACAGGACUUCAGUUUGGGUUUAUGGGGUGUCUAAGUACUGUUUCCACUUUUAUUGCUGAGUACAAUGCAAUGAGAGAGAGCAAGCAUCCAUGGAGAGCAAAUGCAUAUGCAUUGAUGACAAUACUACCAUCUUUUGGCUUAGGGAUUCUAAUUUAUGCUAUACCUGUCUGGGCAAAUGGUUAUGAGUAGUGGACUAGUAAGUAGAGAGACAUUCAUGGUGAAAACCUCAGGGAUGGACAUGCACCUAUGUGUGAGAAGAUGGAGAUAGUCUUGCAAAGUUUGCUGUUCACAAGGCUCUAAAUAUGUCCACAAACUCAUUUCCAAGUUCAUGUGGUAAUGCAUAAGGGGAGAAUAUAUUGGGCCCUUGCUCUAACAAAAUCAUCCAAGCACUAGUGCUCAAUGUUCAUUUAUCCCUUCUGAUACUUGAGAAAUUGAGAAUCAUUCCACCAAUGGAACACAAGCUUGAUGGACCUGGUAUAGUUAUGCACUUGCCCACAUUUUUGGCCACAAAGCAUGAGAACAAUGAAAGCUUUUAGUGAAGCAAAUUUUUUCUGCAGAUAAUAUCAACUAGACUCUUCCCUGCUACAGGAUACUGGACUUACCCUGGAGGUUUCUUUUGCUGGCAAUCAUUCAGCACACAUACAUAUAUGGUGGUGGAUAAUGGAUGAUCACCAUGAGACAUGCCUUGUGUUAUUUAUGUUUCCAUCUUUUGUAUAAAUUUUCCACUGUUAUUCAAAGCAAUCUACAUGGCAGCAGUCUUAUAUGCAGGUCAAAAGUAAGAUAAGAAAAUAAAAAAAAAUUAUAUGCUAGAGCAGCUACACCCAUCCAUAUUUUAGUUUGCAUACUAUGUAAAGUUGGAUGUUACUAUGAUUUAAAAUUUAGCAAUGGUAUAAAUGAUGUAUGAAUGAAACAGGAAGCAGGUUACCUAAAGGACCUUUUUUCUGGCAGAUGAAUCAAUACUUUUAUUAACCGUCA